AGAAAGACAGAAAAUAAGCAAGCAAGGGAACUAAAGAAAGUGAUGCACAAAACAGUUGCUCACCACCUGCUGACCAAUGCCCAGCCUGUCCAUGAGCAACGGCAGCCCUUCAGCCAGCCCCCCCAAUCUUAUUUUUCCACGAUACCACAUGAUAUGGGAUAUCACUUUGGCCAGUUGGGGUCAUCUGUCCUGAUUCUGUCCCCUCCCAGCUCCUUGUACACCCUCAGCCUGCUCGCUGGCAGGGCAGUGUGAGAAGCACAGAAGUCCUUGGCUCUGUGUCAGCACUGCUCAGCAACAUCUAAACCAUCAGUGUGUUAUCAGCACUAUUCUCAUCCUAAAACCAAAGCGCCACACCGCACCAGCUACUGUGAUGAAAAGUAACUCUAUCCCAGAAAAACCAGGACAAGCCAGUGUCAGUUCCUGCAGGAGCCCCUCUGCAUUGGGGGCUGCAGAGCCAGCACCGCACCUCUCAGCACCCAUGGGACUGGGACCCACACACGCACUAGAGCAUGGGCAACUGAUGAAAGGAGAUUUCCUGUUGGUUUCCCUGCAGCCAUUUGCAACAACCCAGCAGCAACUCGGUGGUCAUGGGGGGGCUGGAUCUUAAACUGUCUGGGGGUUGCUAUAAAAAGGCAGAGCAGCCAGCUCCACGCACCCUGCAGCAGCGCCGAGCUGUGGGUCCUGCGUGCAACAGAGCAGAGCCUCCUCCGACCCUCCACUCGGUGCAGCAGACACCCGUGCCCUGUCCUGCUGCACUCAGCGGCUGAGCUCAGCUGGUUGCAGAGGACCAGGUCCUCCGCUGCCUGGGGCAUCCCCGCUCGUGGCUGGACACCCGGAGCUUCCUGCACAUGGAGCAGCUUGGCCUGGUCUGGGUGCUGCUGGCCGGCACCUUGGCUGGCACCUUGGCUGCCAGCAGCACCCGUGAGCAAGACCUCGGCCCCAUCAAGAGGGUGGCGAUGGACAUGGCCCAGAACUCCUUUGAUGACCAGUACCGGGGCUGCAGAUACAAGAUGGAGGAGGAGCUCAAGAAGCUGUACCACACUGAAUUCAAAAACCACAUCUAUGCGGAGACCUGGAGAAAAGCAGUUCAGAAGUGGAAGAAUCGAUGGGGCAACUCCAUCCACCUGCAGGUGCUGCGGAAGGAGCAGGCGGUGGCCGUGCUGGCAUACACUGCCGAGAGGGACCUGUACAAACAGUUCAACGCGGCCGUGCGCGAGGGCGGGCGCUCCCGCAAGUACUACCUCCAAUACUUCCCCUUCAAGACGCUGCACUUCCUCCUGACCGAGGCCCUGCACACCCUGAGGGAUGCCCAGGGCCACAGCUGCUACCACGUCUACCGCGGCGUCAAGGGCAUCCUCUUCACGGCCCACCUCCAGCAGACUGUCCGCUUCGGUCAGUUCACCUCCACCUCCCUCUAGAAGGAGGCUGCCCAGAAAUUUGGCAACGACACCUUCUUCUUUGUGUACACCUGCUACGGUGUCCCCAUCAAGCAAUUCUCCUUCUACCCUGCUGAGAACGAAGUCCUCAUCCCACCCUAUGAGACCUUCAGGGUCAUCAACGUCACCCAUCAAUUCAGCAGAAGCAUCAUCCAUCUCCGCUCCCAUGCCGUGAACAGCACCUACAACUGUGCGCUGCUGAAGGGUAAGGGCAGCCCGCAGGGUGGGUGCCACCGGGAGAUGGCUGGGGCUGGGGCACAGCCCUGGGCAGGUGCCGCGCUCCCCACGCUCCUCCAGCCUUGGCCGCAGGAGAGCGGGGGGCCCCGUGCCACCGGCUCUGUGAGGGGAAGGGGAGCCUUGUGGUGAAGGCAACAGCUCCGUGUGGGGAGGUCGGGGAGCUUCAGGAGCUUGGGUAGCCUGGGGAGCUUGGGGAGCUUGAAAUAACGUGGAGCUGUGUGGAGGCAUGGGGGUGCGUACAGAAGGAGGAGCAGGAGGACCAAAGAGGGGUUAGGUUUGGGGUAUAAAAGGGCCGGUCACACUUAAGCGAGGGAUGGUCAGUGUUUGUCUGGCCAAGCCCUGCAGUCUGUCCUAUCGUCUUAUUUCUCUCAUUAAAGCUUUUCUCUUUGCACGUUCGCCCUCUUUGCCAUGUGUAUGCGUGCUGAGAGGACUACAUGCCAGCUCCUGGCGAGGCCUCUGUGUGUGUGAGCGAGCUUAGUGCCAGCU